AGAGCCCCAUCCCCCCGGGUGCCCCCCAUAGCCGCCCCAUCCCGGGCGUUCUCCCUCUCCCCCCGCCCAGCCCGAUUCUCAGAGGACAUGCAGAAAGCUCGGGGCACCCGAGGCGAGGACGCGGGCACCACGAGGGCGCCCUCCAGCCCCGGGGUGCCCCCGAAGAGGGCCAAGGUGGCAGCGGGCGGAGGGGCCCCCGCGGCGGCGGCGGCGGCUCCAGCUGGGGCGGCCGGGGCGCCGGUCUUCCUGCGGGCCCUGAGGCCCGCGGCGGUGUGCGCCGGGGGCGACGUGCGGCUGCGGGUGGCGGUGAGCGGGACGCCCCCGCCCAGCCUCAGCUGGUUCCGGGAUGGGCAGCCGCUGCCCACGCCGACCCCCGAGCCCGGCUGCCUGUGGCUGCGGGGCUGCGGGGCGCAGGACGCCGGUGUUUACAGCUGCAGCGCCCAGAACGAGCGGGGCCGGGCCUCCUGCGAGGCUGUUCUCACGGUGCUGGAGGUCGGAGACUCGGAGACGGCUGAGGAUGACAUCAGCGAUGUGCAGGGGACCCAGCGCCUGGAGCUUCGGGAUGACGGGGCUUUCAGCACCCCCACGGGGGGCUCUGACACCUUGGUGGGCACCUCCCUGGAUACACCCCCGACCUCCGUGACAGGCACCUCAGAAGAGCAAGUGAGCUGGUGGGGCAGCGGGCAGACGGUCUUGGAGCAGGAAGCGGGCAGCAGGGGUGGCACCUGCCGCCUCCCAGGCAGCCCAAGGCAAGCACUGGCAACCGGGGCCGGGCCACGGCACCUGGGGGUGGAGCCGCUCGUGCGGGCAUCUCGAGCUAAUCUGGUGGGCGCAAGCUGGGGGUCAGAGGAUAGCCUUUCGGUGGCCAGUGACCUGUAUGGCAGCGCGUUCAGUCUGUACAGAGGACGGGCGCUCUCGAUCCACGUCAGUGUCCCGCAGAGCGGAUUGCGAAGAGAGCAGCCUGACCCUCAGCCUCAGCCGGCCAGCGAAGCCCUUCGUCCUCGCCCAGCCCUUCCACCCCCGUCCAAGUCGGCGCUGCUCCCCCCGCCUUCCCCUCGGGUGGGUAAGCGGGCUCUGUCAGGACCCAGUGCCCAGCCCCCCGCCACCCCCACGUCGCCCCACCGACGUACUCAGGAGCCCGCGUUGCUGCUGCCUGAGGAUUACACUGCCGAGGAGAAGCGAGGGAAAAGGCCUUCCCCGGCGGGCACGGCGGAGUCCCGGCCACAGACACCCCUGAGCGAGGCCUCGGGCCGCCAGUCGGCGCUGGGCCGCUCCCCUAGGCUGGUGCGCGCGGGCUCCCGCAUUCUGGACAAGCUGCAGUUCUUCGAGGAGCGACGGCGCAGCCUGGAGCGGAGCGACUCGCCGCCAGCGCCCCUGCGGCCCUGGGUGCCCCUGCGCAAGGCGCGCUCGCUGGAGCAGCCCAAGGCCGAGGCGCCAUGGGGCACCCCGGGGGCCUCGCAGGAGGAGCUGCCCGGCCCUCGCGGCGGCAGUGUGGCCGAGCGGCGCCGUCUGUUCCAGCAGAAGGCCGCCUCCCUGGACGAGCGCAGCCGACAGCGCAGCCCGGCCUCCGACCUGGAGCUGCGAUUUGCCCAGGAGCUGGGCCGCAUCCGGCGGUCCACGUCGCGGGAGGAGCUGGUGCGCUCGCACGAGUCCCUGCGCGCCACGCUGCAGCGCGCGCCGUCACCCCGGGAGCCCGGAGAGCCCCCGCUCUUCUCCAGGCCCUCCACCCCCAAGACCUCCAGGGCGGUGAGCCCCGCCGCCGCCGCCGCCGCCCCCCCGACACCCGCUCCCAGCAGCAAGUCAGGGGAUGAGCCGGGGAGGCCCCGGAGCCGAGGGCCCGUGGGCAGGACAGAGCCGGGGGAAGGCCCCCAGCAAGAGGUGAGGCGUCGGGACCAGUUCCCGCUGACUCGGAGCAGAGCCAUCCAGGAGUGCAGAAGCCCCGUGCCACCCCCAGCCGCCGAACCCCCGGAGGCCAGGACGAAAGCUCCCGCGGGUCGCAAGCGGGAGCCUCCCGCCCAGGCCGUGCGCUUCCUACCUUGGGCCACACCGGGAGCCGAGGGCGCGGCGGUGGCCCAGACCCUGGAGAAGAACAGGGCGGGGCCUGAGGCUGAGAAGAGGCUGCGCAGAGGACCAGAAGAGGAUGGUCCCUGGGGGCCCUGGGACCGCAGAGGGGCCCGCAGCCAGGGCAAAGGUCGCAGGGCCCGGCCCACCUCCCCUGAGCUCGAGUCUUCGGAUGACUCCUAUGUAUCCGCUGGAGAAGAGCCCCUGGAGGCUCCGGUGUUUGAGAUCCCCCUGCAGAAUGUGGUGGCAGCACCAGGGGGUGAUGUGCUGCUUAAGUGUAUCAUCACCGCCAACCCCCCGCCCCAAGUGUCCUGGAAAAAGAAUGGCUCGGAGCUGUGCAGUGAGGGCCGCCUCCUCAUCCGGGCAGAGGGGGAGCGGCAUACCUUGCUGCUCAGGGAGGCCCGGGCCAGUGAUGCUGGGAACUAUACAGCCACUGCCACCAACGAACUGGGCCAGGCCAGCUGUGCUGCCUCACUUGCUGUGAAACCUGGUGGGUCCACAUCCCCCCUCAGCAGCCCUAUCACUUCCGAUGAAGAGUACCUGAGCCCCCCAGAGGAAUUCCCAGAGCCUGGGGAGACCUGGCCCCGAACCCCCACCAUGAAGCUCAGUCCCAGCCAGGACCGGCAUGCUUCUGACACUGGCUACAAAGCACCACCUACCUUCAAGGUCUCCCUCAUGGACCAGUCAGUCAGAGAAGGCCAAGAUGUCAUCAUGAGCAUUCGUGUGCAGGGUGAGCCCAAGCCUGUGGUCUCUUGGCUGAGGAACCGCCAGCCUGUGCGCCCCGACCAGAGGCGCUUUGCAGAGGAGGCCGAGGGAGGACUGUGCAGGUUGCGCAUCCUGGCUGCCGAGAGGGGCGACGCCGGCUUCUAUACCUGCAAGGCGGUCAAUGAAUACGGCGCUCGGCAGUGUGAGGCCCGCCUGGAGGUUCGAGCACACCCUGAAAGCCGGUCCCUGGCCGUGCUGGCCCCCCUGCAGGACGUGGACGUGGGGGCCGGGGAGAUGGCGCUGUUUGAGUGCCUGGUGGCAGGUCCCACCGACGUGGAGGUGGACUGGCUGUGUCACGGCCGUCUGUUGCAGCCAGCGCUGCUCAAAUGCAAGAUGCAUUUUGACGGCCGCAAGUGCAAGCUGCUGCUCACCUCUGUGCACGAGGACGACAGCGGCAUCUACACCUGCAAGCUCAGCACAGCCAAAGAUGAGCUGACCUGCAGUGCCCGCCUGACCGUCCGGCCUUCCCUGGCACCCCUCUUCACCCGGCUCCUGGAAGACAUGGAGGUGCUAGAGGGCCGCGCAGCCCGCUUCGACUGCAAGAUAAGCGGCACCCCACCCCCCUCCGUCACCUGGACUCAUUUUGGCCGCCCAGUGGAGGAGAGCGAGAACGUGCGCCUACGGCAGGACGGGGGUCUGCACUCGCUGCACAUCGCUCACGUGGGCAGCGAGGAUGAAGGUCUUUAUGCAGUCAGUGCCACCAACACCCAUGGCCAGGCCCACAGCUCCGCCCAGCUCUAUGUGGAGGAGCCUCGGACAGCUGCCUCCGGCCCCAGCUCAAAACUGGAGAAGAUGCCAUCCAUCCCUGAGGAGCCAGAGCAGGGGGAGCUGGAGCGGCUGUCCAUUCCUGACUUCCUGCGGCCUCUUCAGGACCUGGAGGUGGGACUAGCCAAGGAGGCCAUGCUGGAGUGUCAGGUGACAGGCCUGCCCUAUCCUACCAUCAGCUGGUUUCACAAUGGCCACCGCAUCCAGAGCAGUGAUGACCGGCGCAUGACACAGUACAGGGAUGUCCAUCGCCUGGUGUUCCCUGCCGUGGGGCCUCAGCACGCCGGCGUCUACAAGAGUGUCAUCGCCAAUAAGCUGGGCAAAGCUGCCUGUUACGCUCAUCUCUAUGUCACAGAUGUGGUUCCCGGCCCUCCAGAUGGUGCCCCGCAGGUGGUGGCUGUGACAGGAAGGAUGGUCAUGCUCACUUGGAAUCCCCCCAGGACUCUGGACAUGGCCAUCGACCCAGACUCCCUGACAUACACAGUACAGCACCAGAUACUGGGUUCUGACCAGUGGACAGCGCUGGCCACAGGCCUGCAAGAGCCUGAAUGGGCAGCCAUAGGGCUCCGGAAGGGGCUCCGGCAUGUCUUCCGGGUCCUCAGCACUAGUGGCAAGAGCAGCAGCAAGCCCUCAGCUCCUUCGGAGCCUGUACAGCUGCUGGAGCGAGGUCCACCCCUGGACGAGGCUCCUGCCGUGCUGGACAAACCUGACGUGGUGUACGUGGUGGAGGGACAGCCUGCCCGUGUCACUGUCACUUUCAAUCAUGUGGAGGCCCAGGUCGUCUGGAGGAGCUGCCGAGGGGCCCUCCUGGAAGCACGGGCAGGUGUCUACGAACUGAGCCAGCCAGAUGACGACCAGUACUGUCUUCGAAUCUGCCGGGUGAGCCGCCGGGACCUGGGACCCCUUACCUGCACGGCCCGUAACCGGCACGGCACAAAGGCCUGUUCAGUCACCCUGGAGCUGGCAGAGGCCCCUCGGUUUGAGUCUAUCAUGGAGGAUGUGGAGGUUGGGGCCGGGGACACAGCUCGCUUUGCUGUGGUGGUUGAAGGGAAACCACUGCCGGACAUCAUGUGGUACAAGGAUGAGAUGCUGCUGGCCGAGAGCAAUCACGUGAGCUUCGUGUAUGAGGAGAAUGAGUGCUCCCUCGUGGUGCUCAGCACCGGGGUCCAGGACGGAGGCGUCUACACCUGCACCGCCCGGAACCUGGCAGGCGAAGUCUCCUGCAAAGCUGAGCUGGCCGUGCACUCAGCUCAGACAGCUAUGGAGGUCGAGGGGGUCGGAGAGGACGAAGAACACCGAGGAAGGAGACUCAGUGACUUUUAUGACAUCCACCAGGAGAUUGGCAGGGGUGCCUUCUCCUACCUGCGGCGCGUGGUGGAGCGUAGCUCUGGCCUGGAGUUUGCAGCCAAGUUCAUCCCCAGCCAGGCGAAGCCCAAGGCAUCAGCAAGGCGAGAGGCCCGGCUGCUGGCCCGGCUUCAGCAUGACUGUGUCCUCUACUUCCACGAAGCCUUUGAGAGACGCCGGGGACUGGUCAUUGUCACCGAGCUCUGCACCGAGGAGCUGCUGGAAAGAAUGGCCAGGAAGCCCACCGUGUGUGAGUCUGAGAUACGGGCCUAUAUGCGGCAGGUGCUGGAGGGAAUAUGCUACCUGCAUCAGAGCCACGUGCUACACCUGGAUGUGAAGCCUGAGAACCUUCUGGUAUGGGAUGGUGAAGGCGGUGAAGAGCAAGUGCGCAUCUGUGACUUUGGGAACGCCCAGGAGUUGACCCCAGGAGAGCCCCAGUACUGCCAGUAUGGCACACCUGAGUUUGUGGCACCUGAGAUUGUCAACCAGAGCCCUGUGUCUGGAGUCACGGACAUCUGGCCCGUGGGUGUUGUUGCCUUCCUCUGUCUGACAGGCAUCUCCCCUUUCGUUGGGGAAAAUGAUCGGACGACAUUGAUGAACAUCCGCAACUACAAUGUGGCCUUUGAGGAGAUCACGUUCCUGAGCCUGAGCAGAGAGGCCCGGGCCUUCCUCAUCAAAGUGCUGGUGCAGGACAGGCUGAGACCGACUGCAGAGGAGACGCUAGAACACCCUUGGUUCAAAACGCAGGCAAAGGGUGCCGAGGUGAGCACGGAUCACCUGAAGCUCUUCCUGUCCCGAAGGAGGUGGCAGCGCUCCCAGAUCAGCUACAAGUGCCACCUAGUGCUGCGCCCUAUCCCCGAGCUGCUGCGGGCGCCCCCGGAGCGGGUGUGGGUGGCCAUACCCAGAAGAUCACCCCCGAGUGGGGGGCUCUCAUCCUCCUCGGACUCUGAAGAGGAAGACCUGGAGGAGCUGCCCUCCGUGCCCCGCCCCCUGCAGCCUGAGUUCUCUGGCUCUCGCGUGUCCCUCACUGACAUUCCCACUGAGGACGAGGCCCUGGGGUCCCUGGAGGCUGGGGUCGCCACCCCCAUGGACUGGCAAGAGCAGGGAAGGGCUCCCUCUCAGGACCAGGAGCAGGAGGCUCCCAGCCCUCAGAGUCUCCCCUCCCCAGGCCGGGAGUCCCCAGCUGGGCCCAGUCCCCGGCGUGGAGAACUCCGCAGGGGCAGCUCGGCUGAGAGCGCCCUGCCCCGGGCCGGGCCGCGGGAGCCGGGCCGGAGCCUGCACAAGGCGGCGUCGGUAGAGCUGCCCCAGCGCAGGAGCCCCAGCCCGGGCGCCACGCGCCUGACCCGGGGAGGCCUGGGCGAGGGCGAGUACGCCCAGAGGCUGCAGGCCCUGCGGCAGCGGCUGCUGCGGGGAGGCGCUGAGGACGGCAAGGUCAGCGGCCUCAGGGGUCCCCUGCUGGAGAGCCUGGGGGGGCGUGCGCGGGACCCCCGGAUGGCACGGGCGGCCUCCAGCGAGGCGGCGCCUCACCACCCGCCGCCCCCGGAGACGCGGGGCCUGCAGAAGAGCAGCAGCUUUUCGCAGGGCGAGGCGGAGCCCCGAGGUCGGCAUCGCCGCGCAGGGGCGCCCCUCGAGAUCCCCAUAGCCAAGCUUGGGGCCCGCAGGCUACAAGAGUCCCCCUCCUUGUCUGCCCUUAGCGAGGCCCAGCCGCCCAGCCCUGCGCGGCCCGGUGCUCCCAAACCCAGCACCCCCAAGUCUGCGGAACCUUCGGCCGCCAAACCCAGCGAGCCUCCCCCGCGCGCGGGUCCCCAGCCUGCGCCAGAGAAGACCCCAGAACCCACCCCCAGGCCGGUCCGAACCCCCAGACCCGCGCAGGCCCCCGCAGCCCUGCCAACCCCCGCGCUGCCCCUCACCCCCUACGCCCAGAUCAUGCAGUCGCUCCAGCUGUCCCCCGCCGAGGCCCCGCAGGUCCCCACCGCGCUCCCGGCGGAGCCCACGCCCCACGCCGCCGUGUUCGCCCGGGUGGCCUCCCCGCCCGCAGGGGCCCCCGAGAAGCGCGCGCCUUCCACCAGGGCCCCUCCGGGGGUAGCCGAGAAGGCCCCACGGGUCCCCACGGUGCCCCCCAGGCCAGGCAGCAGCCUCAGCAGCAGCAUCGAGAAUCUGGAGUCCGAGGCGGUGUUCGAGGCUAAGUUCAAGCGCAGCCGCCAAUCGCCCCUGUCCCGGGGGCUGCGGCUGCUGAGCCGCUCGCGCUCCGAGGAGCGCGGCCCGUUCCGCGGGGCGGCCGAGGAGGAUGGCAUCUACCGGCCCAGCCCCGCGGGGACCCCGCUGGAGCUGGUGCGCAGGCCCGAGCGCUCCCGCUCCGUGCAGGACCUCAGGGCUGUCGGGGAGCCGGGCCUGGUGCGCCGCCUGUCGCUGUCGCUGUCCCAGAGGCUGCGGCGGACGCCGCCCUCGCAGCGCCACCCGGCCUGGGAGACCCGCGGCGGCGCGGACGGGGAGAGCUCCGAGGGCGGCAGCUCGGCGCGCGGCUCCCCGGUGCUGGCGGUGCGCCGGAGGCUGAGCUCCACGCUGGAGCGGCUGUCCAGCCGUCUGCAGCGCGGCGGCAGCAGCAGCGAGGACUCCGGGGGCGCCUCGGGCCGCAGCACCCCGCUGUUCGGAAAGCUGCGCAGGGCCACGUCGGAAGGCGAGAGCCUGCGACGCCUGGGCGUCCCCCACAACCAGCUAGCCUCCCAGGCCGGCGCCACCACGCCCUCUGCCGAGUCCCUGGGCUCCGAGACCAGCGGCACGUCGGGCUCUUCUGCUCCAGGAGAAAGCCGUAGCCGCCUUCGGUGGGGCCUUUCCAGGCUGCGGAAAGACAAGGGUUUAUCACAGCCGAACCUCUCUGCCAGCGUCCAAGAGGACCUGGGUCAACACUAUGUGCCCAGUGAGUCAGACUUCCCCCCAGUCUUCCACAUCAAACUCAAGGACCAGGUGCUGCUCGAGGGGGAGGCAGCCACCCUGCUCUGCCUGCCAGCCGCCUGCCCCGCACCUCGGAUUUCCUGGAUGAAAGACAAGCAGUCCCUUCGGGCCGAGCCCUCCGUGGUCAUCGUGUCCUGCAAAGAUGGUCGGCAGCUGCUGAGUAUCCCCAGGGCGAGCAAACGGCAUGCCGGACUAUAUGAGUGCUCCGCCACCAACGUCCUGGGCAGCAUCACCAGCUCCUGUACCGUGGCCGUGGCCCGAACCCCAGGAAAACUAGCUCCUCCAGAGGUACCCCAGACCUACCAAGACACGGCACUGGUGCUGUGGAAGCCAGGGGACGGCCGGGCACCUUGCACGUACACGCUGGAGCGGCGGGUGGACGGGGAGUCCGUCUGGCACCCAGUGAGCGCAGGCAUCCCUGACUGUUACUACAAUGUGACAAAUCUACCCAUCGGGGUGACUGUGAGGUUCCGUGUGGCCUGUGUCAACCGCGCAGGGCAGGGGCCCUUCAGCAACCCUUCUGAGAAGGUUCUCGUCAGGGGCACUCAAGAUUCUUCCACUCGGCCAUCUGCUGCUCAUCAAGAUGCCCCUGUUACCUCAGGGCCAGCCAGGGCCCCGCCACCUGACUCUCCUACCUCACCGGCCCCCACCCCAGCUCCUGCUCCCCCAAGCUCCCAGGCAGCCAGACUCAGCCCCUCAUCUUCCCGCCCCGCCCCCAGCCAGGCCUUGUCCUCACUCAAGGCUGCGGGUCCACCACCCCAAACGCCCCCACGAAAGCACAGGGGCCUGCAGGCUGCCCAGCCAGCAGAGCCCUCCCCACCUAGCAUCCGGGUUACCCCAAGUGAACCCGAGUCUUUUGUCUCUGACGCUGGAGCCCCAACCCCAACCUCUACUCCUCAAGGUGUUAAACCAGCAUCUUCCUCUACUGCCCUCUAUAUGGUGACGUCUUUUGUGUCUGCACCCCCAGCCCCCGAGCCCCCUGCCCCUGAACCCCCUCCAGAGCCCAUCAAGGUGACUGUGCGAAGCCUCAGCCCAGCCAAGGAGGUGGCCAGUUCCCCCACAUCAGAGGGGACUGCUCUCCGGCAGGGCCUCCCUCAGAAACCCUACACCUUCCUGGAGGAAAAGGCCAGGGGUCGCUUCGGUGUGGUGCGAGCAUGUCGAGAGAAUGCCACGGGCCGAACGUUCGUGGCCAAGAUCGUGCCCUACGCAGCCGAGGGCAAGCGGCGAGUCCUGCAGGAAUACGAAGUGCUGCGGGCGCUGCACCACGAGCGGCUCAUGUCCCUGCACGAGGCCUACAUCACCCCUCGGUACCUCGUGCUCAUCGCGGAGAGCUGUGGCAACCGGGAACUGCUCUGUGGGCUCAGUGACAGAUUCCGGUAUUCAGAAGAUGAUGUGGCCACCUACGUGGUACAGCUGCUACAAGGCCUGGACUACCUCCACGGCCACCACGUGCUACACCUGGACAUCAAGCCGGACAACCUGCUGCUGGCCUCUGACAAUGCCCUCAAGAUCGUGGACUUUGGUAGUGCCCAGCCAUACAAUCCCCAGGCCCUGCGGCCCCUUGGCCACCGCACAGGCACACUGGAGUUCAUGGCUCCUGAGAUGGUGAAGGGCGAACCCAUCGGCUCUGCCACAGACAUCUGGGGAGCAGGCGUGCUUACCUAUAUCAUGCUCAGUGGACACUCCCCAUUCUAUGAGCCAGAACCACAGGAAACAGAGGCUCGGAUUGUGGGGGGCCGCUUUGAUGCCUUCCAGCUGUACCCCAACACAUCCCAGAGUGCCACCCUCUUCUUGCGAAAGGUCCUCUCAGUGCAUCCAUGGAGCCGGCCCUCCCUGCAGGACUGCCUGGCCCACCCAUGGCUACAGGACGCCUACCUGAUGAAGCUGCGUCGGCAGACACUCACCUUUACCACCAACCGGCUCAAAGAGUUCCUGGGUGAGCAGAGGCGCCGCAGGGCUGAGACCGCCACCCGCCACAAGGUGCUGCUCCGCUCCUAUCCUGGCAGCCCCUAGUGGUGUGGAGCACGGCCCAGCUCCAACUCCAGUUCCCGCCGAUGCUGCCGCUACCGCUGCCAAGGGACAUUCCAGGACCCAUGCUAAGCCCGUGAGCCUGGGGCUUCAGAUAUCACCAGCAGCAACAUCUGGCCAGGCUAUACCUCAUGGACCUGAGGGGGUGAGGCCCCAGGACUUCUGCCUGCUGUCACUCCAGCCAGGGCCAGAGCACAAGACCCGUCAGCCAGGCUGGGCAGGGUUGGGAACAGGGAAUAGAGUGAGAAGGGAAUGGGGAAAUGAGGAGGAGAAGAUAUGGAGAGACCGACAGGAAGCGGGAGACUGGAGGAAGGUUCUGGGAGGGAGGGGAGGCUUGGUGCAUCUCAGGGAGAACUUAGGAAGGUGAAUGGCUACUGAGAAGGAAGCAGGACAAGGAGCUGGCAGUGAGUGUUGGGGAGGCAGCGAUAAGACAUGGAGACAGUGUCAGGGAGCCAGAGCCGGGACAUGAGACAGGGCAGCAAGUGGGGAAAGGGGGGUAGCAGGCUCAGGACACGUGGGGUAGGCCAGCAGCUGCAUCCUCAGAAGGAGAACAGAGAAAGGAAGAGCGCGGCAGGCUGUAGUUACUCAAGCUGGAUCUUUCCUUCUGUCCCAGGGGGUACAGCUUUGGGCACUCCAUGUUAGCCCAAGGAUGUACCCAUCACUCCUCCAUUGGCCUUUGCCCUUCAUCCUAUUCUUAUUUAUUUAUUUAUUGACUUUUACAAAGUUUUCCCUUCCAUCUAAACCCAGUUUCCCAUGUUGUCCUGACCACCACCACCACCACCACCAC